GACAUUGAGUCAUCGCAAAAUAAUGAAAAUUUUACAAUACAUAGUUAAUGUGCAGAUUUCAGAUUUGAUUUUAUAAUAAAAUACUUUUUUAUUAAAAGAUUUGAUCUAAAGCUAUAUAAUUUAUUACUGUUAGUGUUCAAAUAUUGCAAAAUGUCCGAUAGAUUGAAGAGUACGAAUAAUGUAUCGAAUGAAGAUGUUAUUGAAGAUUUAACAAAGAAUUUGGAGUUUUCUUUGCGUUCUGGCGAUUCUGAAGACAAUGUGAUAAAUCCAGAUCUCAAAUUAGAGGAUUUUAAUGCAACUGGUGACAGAGAAACUAUGAAAUCAGAUUACACAGACAUUCCACUAGAAGUAGAGGAUGCAGAAGAGACAGAAGACCAUCACGGCAGCGAUAAAGACGAGAGUGAUACAGAUUCCAUUGAUGAAGUUUCAUUGAAAGACACAGAAAUGAGCUUGACAGAUGAUCAGAAGGAGGAACGGAAAAUUAUAUCCGAGCAGCUGAAGGUGGCGGGCAAUGAGGCUUUCAAAGUUGGCGAUAUGGAACGGAGUGUAGAGAAAUAUACGGAAGGUUUGAAGAUCUGUCCACUGCAGUUUCCAAAGCAGAGGGCAAUUCUGUAUUGCAACAGGAGUGCUGCGAAGAUGAAGCUCGAGAAACAUAAACAUGCCAUAAAGGAUUGCACUAAGGCCAUAGAGCUGGAUGAAAAUUACUUAAAAGCGUACCACAGGCGAGCACAAUCAUAUGAGGCCACAGACAAACUAGACGAAAGUUUGGCGGAUUAUAAAAAAGUUUUGGAAUUGGAUCCGUCUCACGCAGCUGCGCGCGCAGCUGUCAUUCGGUUGCCGCCAAUGAUCGAAGAGCGAAAUGAAAAAUUGAAAACAGAAAUGUUGGGGAAAUUGAAGGAUUUGGGCAAUAUGAUAUUACGACCGUUCGGUUUGUCGACGGAAAACUUUCAACUUCAACAAGAUCCAGAUACUAAGGGAUAUAAAAUUAAUUUUAAGCAGUAAUUCUUAGGUUAUGGCUGUAUUGUUAAUAAAUGUAUGAAGCUUU